UUUCCCGCACGCUGUGUUUCUUGCUUUCAGGAACAAAACAGAGCAAUGUCUCACCCCAGAAAGAAGCUUCAUUUGAGCUCUGUCUCCGUCAAACUAGGCUGCAGCAGCUGCAGGAGACCAAAGCUCUCUCAUAUAUUCCACCCAAAGCCUAAACCCAAGAACCCCUCUUACCAUAAACACAAACUUUACAAUCUUUCUUCUUCAAGCCACUACGACUCCGCCACCACCACUACCACCACCACAACUUUCUCUCCCUAUGUCGACUCCUCGCAGUUUUCUGACUCUGAUUACUACGGGAAUGCGUCGAGGACAGUCGGAGCUUUCGGCAGGGUAGGCGGCGAAGGCGUGGCGGUCGAGAAAGAUUCCGACGACCCUUAUCUGGAUUUUAGGCACUCCAUGCUUCAAAUGAUACUGGAGAAUGAGAUAUACUCCAAGGACGAUCUUCGGGAGCUUCUCAAUUGUUUUCUUCAGCUCAAUUCUCCCUACCACCAUGGAGCUAUAGUCAGAGCUUUCACUGAGAUCUGGAAUGGGGUCUUCUCUGUGAAGACCAGUUCACCCAGAUUUCACUUCAGUCGCAAGUCACGUGACUUCUGAGUUCUCCACGUGGUUGACAAGACGGAUAAGCAUUACAAGGCUUCGUUGCUUUGUGCUCGGACAAACUUAUUUCUGCUAUGCUAACGUUGCAUUGUACACAUGUCGUGAACUAAUGAUCACCCAAAUGUAAAGUGUCUCUGUUAGUUUUCACCUUUUUUAGAACUUUACCACAAAUGAAUGGUUAGUUGUUCAU